AUGCUUAGAAGUACGUUUACGUUAAGAUCGUUCGUCAGGACACAGUCAACGCAUCCGUAUCCUGUUAAUGUAGAGGCAGUGUACCACGCUCCUUUAAAACUGCCUAUCAAGUACGGUGAUUUAGUUGCGGACAUUCAAUUAAGAUCGUAUGACAAUGAAAACAUGGAUUUCUACUCAGACUUCAUAUUGAGGACGGGCUACUAUUUGGGUAUCCCGUUGACUGGACCCAAACCUUUACCCACAAGAAGAGAGCGCUGGACAGUCAUAAAAUCACCGUUCGUUCACGCUAAAUCUAAAGAGAAUUUUGAAAGACACACUCAUAAGCGGCUCAUCAGGGCCUGGGAUGCGAAUCCGGAAGUACUGCAGUUGCUAAUAUCUUACAUUACAAAGCAUUCCAUAGCAGGCGUCGGAAUGAAAUGUAAUUUUUUCGAAAGAUCAGAAAUAUCACGGAACUUUGGUUCGGACACCAAUGACGUUCAACGGUCACUGAGCAACGUCAAUCAAUUAUAUUCCUUAGGUAACGAUGAAAAAGUUCAAGAUAGUGCUGUUGGAGAAAAAGUGCUUGAACUUUUGAAUAGUCCAGAUUUUCAGAAACAUCUAGAAAAGAAGUAG